AUGGAUCUCACAUACAUUCCCGAAGACAUAUCCAGCUGUCCUAAAUUUGGGAAUAAAUCCUGUCCUCCCACCACUCGCUCUUUGCGGAUCCGCCUGAUAAUGUACCUGGUUAUGACGGGAGCCAUGGUUAUCACCAUCUUUGGGAACUUAGUGAUAAUGAUCUCCAUAUCGCAUUUCAAACAGCUCCACUCUCCCACCAACUUCCUGAUCCUCUCCAUGGCAACCACGGACUUCCUGCUGGGUUUCGUCGUCAUGCCUUACAGCAUGGUGAGGUCCGUGGAGAGCUGCUGGUAUUUCGGGGACAGCUUUUGCAAAUUCCACGCGAGCUUCGACAUGACGCUGAGCCUGGCCUCCAUCUUCCACCUCUGCUCCAUCGCCGUCGACCGCUUUUACGCGGUGUGCGACCCUUUGCAUUACUCCACCACCAUGACGGUGCCCACGAUCAAGAGACUGCUGGCUUUCUGCUGGGCGGCGCCUGCCCUGUUUUCUUUCGGUUUAGUUCUCUCCGAGGCCAACGUCUCUGGUCUGCGGAGCUACGGGGUCCUCGUGGCUUGCUUCCAUUUCUGUGCGCUAACGUUCAACAAGUUUUGGGGGACCGUACUGUUCACUGCCUGCUUCUUCACGCCGGGCUCCAUCAUGGUUGGGAUUUAUGGAAAAAUUUUUCUUGUCUCCAGACGGCACGCUCGAGCCCUCGGCGACAUGCCCGAGAACAGGAAGGGAGAUGCGAGGAAAAAGCUGUCUAAGAAAAAGGACAGGAAAGCGGCUAAGACCCUGGGCAUCGUCAUGGGGGUGUUCCUAGCGUGCUGGUUGCCGUGCUUCCUCGCUGUUUUGAUUGACCCGUAUUUAGACUACUCCACGCCCAUCGUAGUGCUUGAUCUCUUGGUAUGGCUCGGGUACUUCAACUCUACUUGCAACCCGCUCAUCCACGGCUUUUUCUACCCGUGGUUUCGCAAAGCCCUUGAACACAUAGUGUCAGGAAAAAUAUUUCGCUCCAAUUCAGAAAAUGCAAAUCUCUUUCCGGAAGCACACUAA